CCCUCCUCCCCUCCAAAACACAAACCCACCACAAAAAUGUCUGCUCCGCCCGCUCGAACACAAAUCCUCUCUCUCUACCGCCACCUCCUCCGCGAACUCCCCGUCCGCUCCGCAGCAACCCCAUCCCGCACGGCACACCAAAAGCUUUCCUCACCAUCACAACUCCAAAAACGUCUUCGCUCGAUACUAUCGUCCCAGCAUGCAAAUGAGAAAGGCCAAUUACAACAGGCGGAGCAGUUCGUGCGAUACGUGCAGGCGCAGAGGAUGUAUGCGACACUCAUCGAGCGAUAUAAUCCCGGAAUGGGCAUGAGCGAGGAGGAAAGGGUUAGGUUGACGGCACGGAGGGUGGGCAUGGACUUGCCGGUUGAGCAUAAGAGAUGAGGGAUGUUGGUAUUUGACGGGAGGGUUGGGGUGGAGAGAUGUAAGAUAUGAGUUUGGGCGAGCACGAACGGUGUUGGACUAUGGGACGAAUGGCUGCGUCGAUCACGAUGGGGGUUGAAGUGCCGCUGCGGCGCAUUGGAAAAGGAAGAACAACAAGGACAUCUGCAACAGGUUCACUCUAGACUAUCUGGAUUGGGAGACCUUAAGAACGAUCGGUAACACAUUGCAUGUGGAGGUGUAUCAUUAUAGUGUAUGCAAGCAUGGCGUCGCUAUAAUAAGUUGAAUUCUAUCAAGUACUCGGCAAUCUCUAGAUUCGUCCAUUCAAACCUUCUCAUUGGAAUAUGAGAAGUUUGUGAAAGUUCUGUGCUCUAGGGUAUGAAACAUUUUUUUUUACUCCAAUGACCAUGAAACCAUGAACGC